UUCGUAAUAUAGGCCAAUGCCACUCACUGUCUGAUCCAAGUUAGGCGCUUUCAGCUGCCAGCCGUGGCCCAUUAUGUAAGUGCCGCUAAGAAUUAUUUGCAGUGCCAUUGCAAAACGACCCGUUUCCUGACCGUUUUGCAAGGUGUGCAAUUGUAAUAUUGCUCUUUGCACGGACACACACGGUUCAGACGCAAAAAGGCUCCAAGUGCAUGAAGAUCGCGGCUUGUAUUCCGCAUCCUUGUUGCAAAGCAAGCCGCUGAAGCAAGCUUCGGUGCGAGGGCGAUGGAGGGAGGGAGUGAGAAGGAAGGCAAAGUCUCUAGUGCAUCCCCUCCCCCCCAUCAAAGCAAAGGGGAAAUGUCUCAGCCAAAGGGAGGUAAGAGGAAGCCUGGGCUCAAGCUCUCCAAGGAAGUGUUUGAGCAGCCUCCUGCUGCUGCUGCUACACCCCCAAGAGAUUUGGAUUCGAAAGCUUGUGUGACCAUUGGAGAGAAGAACUUUGUGGUGAAGGCAGAUGACCUGGAGCAGAUUGGCGAGCUGGGGAGAGGGGCGUACGGCGUGGUGGACAAGAUGAGGCACAUGCCCAGUGGCCUGAUCAUGGCAGUCAAGAGGAUCCGUGCCACAGUGAACACCCAGGAACAGAAGAGACUGCUGAUGGACCUGGACAUCUCUAUGAGGACAGUCGACUGCUUCUACACAGUCACCUUCUACGGCGCACUCUUCAGAGAGGGUGAUGUGUGGAUCUGUAUGGAGCUGAUGGACACCUCUCUGGAUAAGUUCUAUAAGCAGGUGAUAGAAAAAGGCAUGACCAUCCCUGAAGAUAUCCUGGGAAAGAUGGCCGUCUCGACAGUGAAGGCUCUGGAACAUCUGCACAGCAAUCUGUCAGUCAUCCACUCAGAUGUGAAGCCAUCCAACAUAUUGAUCAACACCCAAGGGCAGGUGAAGAUGUGUGACUUUGGGAUCAGUGGUUACCUGGUGGACUCUGUGGCCAAGACCAUGGACGCAGGCUGCAAGCCCUACAUGGCGCCGGAGAGGAUCAACCCAGAGACUAAUCAGAAAGGCUACAACGUCAAGUCUGACAUUUGGAGUUUAGGAAUCACUAUGAUUGAACUGGCCAUCCUGCGGUUCCCCUAUGACUCCUGGGGCACGCCCUUCCAGCAGCUGAAGCAGGUGGUGGAGGAACCAUCGCCCCAGCUCCCUGCUGACCGGUUCUCCCCUGAGUUGGUUGACUUCACCUCCCUGUGCUUAAAGAAAAAUUCCAAAGAGCGGCCAAACUACCCAGAACUCAUGCAACAUCCCUUCUUCAUCUCCCAUGAAUCCUUAGACACCGACGUGGCUAGCUUUGUCAAGGUCAUCCUCGGGGACUGACGAGCGCCCUGAUCUAACCCAACCCAAUGCUCUGACCAAUGGCCACGGGGGAGGCGGACCUACAAAAAGAAAGCACCAAUCACAAACCCUAUUACCUGCGGGACUCCACCCCCUCCCUAGUUCCCGCCCCCUCCCUUUGGCACAGUGCAGAUGGACAUUAGAGGAACUCAGAGGAACUGAGUGAGGAGUUAUCCAUAAGGCCCUUGCAUAUUACAUAUGGGCAGGGGGCCAAGAUGCAAUUUUCAGUAUUGGAGCACCGGCCCAUAUAUAAUCUGGAUUAAUUUAAAUGUAUAAUAAUAUCUGUAUGAAAUGUGAUCCCCCCCAACCUCUAAAUUUGUCCCACCCUUGUUACUGUACUAGACUCAGUACUAAAACAGAUUUCAUUGUUAGAUGUUAGUGAAUUAAGCAACGUGUGGAUUAUGCCCUGUCCUAUACAGUACCACAGUAUGAGUCAUAAUACCCAUAAAACCUAGCGGUCAAACAGGGAAAUAUUUCCAAUUGUUUUUCC